UCCCAAAUUCCUACUGGCAGAUUCUGUUGAGGAAGCAGCAUGGCUUGCUUCAAGACAUAUUCAUUUUCUCUGUGCCUUUUUGCUCUUUGUGAAAAAGAAAACCUUCUGGAGGCGGGGCUUGUUGAGCAACACCCUCUUUAAAAACCAGAGUCUCCACGCUUACUUGAUCACUUCAGUUCCAGCAUCCUGCCCAGCAAAGAAGCAAUUAGCCAAAAUGAUACCUGGAGGCUUAACUAAAGCCAGACCUGCCACUCCAGAAAUCCAGGAGAUUGCUAAAGAGGUUAAACCUCAGCUUGAAGAAAAAACAAAUGAGACUUACCAAGAAUUUGAAGCUGUAGAGUAUAAAACUCAAGUGGUUGCUGGAAUAAAUUACUACAUUAAGGUGCGAGUAGGUGAUAAUAGUUAUAUUCACCUGAAAGUAUUCAAAGGCCUUCCUCAACAAAAUCCAACUUUGACACUUACUGGUUACCAGACUGACAAAAGCAAGGAUGAUGAGAUCACAGGCUUUUAGCUGCAUACACCAAAAGUGGUCUGAUAUUUUCCACUGGCUAAUGAUUAAUGUUCCCUGCUAAUAAAUGUAACUAUCAAUAAAGAAGCAUUCCUUUUCAAGUAAA